AUGCUUUAUUCAAAGAUCCUCAUGGCUGCCAUUACUGGCAUGUCCUGUGUGGCAGCCAUGCCAGCUGAUCCCGCCAAAGAUGUUGAAGUCUUCCGCCGAGGCGAUUGUCGCGAUGACCGAGAUGACCUCUACUGUGGCCGGAGCGUCACUGAGUUUACUAAAUACGAUUCGAACAACAGGCUCUGCUACAAUGACGGAACGAACAGGCUUUUCUGUGCCAUUCGCGAGCAGCAGCAACUGGCCUAUGAGAUUCUACGGGAGUGGCAGAGAAUUCAGUUGUGUGGACUGAACCAGUACUAUGCCUUUAGAGCGCAGCGCUGCGAGUGCUACCGCCGUCGUGAUGGCGGUAGCGAUAGAGACCGCUGCGACCGUGACGACGAUUAUGGCCGUGACAACCACGACCCUAACUGCAAGGGUGAUGACAUUGCUUUCUGCGCCGCAAACGAGUAUCUGAUCAUCACCUAUGACCGUAACAACCUCCUUUGCGACAGAAACACAGGCAACUACGUCUUCUGUGCCAGCAGGGACCGCGGUGCUGCCCGUGAUAAGGCUGAAGACCACUUCCGUGGUCGCCGUAACAAGCAGUAG